UUAUAAUUUUUUCAUUAAGCUCAUAUGAAGGAAUUUCAACUUCCUAUUGCAAAAUUAUUGUAUGGGUUGAAAUUCUUUGAACAUUUGAUCGCAAGUUUUACUCCAGUUAUUUGUUGCUGAAGGUAUAAUUUUUAAAUGCCUUACUCUAGGCAACCCCACAUGCAACUUAUUGUUAAUAACAUUGCUGAGGAUAGGUGGCAGCAACUAUCCACUCGCAACGGUCCGGCUUCCACCAUUCCUCCAUAACAAAAUCUUUUACAAGUUUCCAUUUUCCCAUUUCAUCUCAUGUGUACCCUUGUGUGCUUUCGUUGGUGAAAGAUCGUUUUUAUAUGUGUGCUGCGUUAAAUUCCGUGUCCAUUGUCCGGUGGUAGAGGCGGCAGCAGCACUAGUAUUGUAGGGUUGGAGGAUAAAGCGUUGUGGCAAUUGGUUCCUGAGGGACCUAAAAGCCAGAUAAAAUAGCAAAGAUAUUAUUAAAAAAACGUAAGAGUAAUAAGGUUGAGGAUAAGAAGAAUAAGAAUUGGUAACAAGUGUGGGGUGUGGCAACGUGGAUCCGAGUAAGGAUUCACCAUAAUCCCGCUAAUAAAAAAAAGUGGGGAAUUUAUAAUAUAAGGAGGCAAUAAGUGUGGUGGUGAAAAAUGGCUGGCGUCAGCGACUGGUUCAGCAUUGGGAGUACCGUGGCUUGUAAAACAUGUUACAAUAAGGAAAUCGAGGGCGAGGUACUCGCCUUCGAUCCGCAAACCAAAAUGCUUGUACUCAAGUCUCCAUCAUCUUGCGGUAGGGCGUCCGUUAAUGACGUUCACAUAGUUAAUCUUGCCCUGGUAUCGGACGUUCAAGUAAAGAGAGAAGUCAGUCCGACCGGGGGAGACCCACCGCAGAGUCUAAACCUGAACAGGCUGAACACACGAGUACGAAAUCAAGUUGAAGCAAAAAAAUGUAUCGUGAAGUCGCUACAGGCAGGUGUAUCGCCAGAGGGACAAAAACUCUUUAUCGCUAUAGCUAAAACUAUCCAACAAAUAACGUGGAGUGGGCCUAACAUCGUCGUUUUAAAUGAUGUCACAAUUGCACCACCUUACAAACUUGAUAAUGUACACGGAAACGAGCAAUCCAAAGCUUACAAUCACAUUAGGAAAGUGGUGGAAAAACACGAAAAAGAUACAGCGAUAGCGGUGGAGUCGCAACAACAAACAAUGCAAAAAGGUAGCAGCUUGCAGUAGGGCGUUUUUAAUAGCGCUGCGACAGAAUGAAGCAAUUAAUCAAUCCGAGUAAAGAAACGCAAGCCCUGAGCCCUAAGCACAACGUGGAGAGCGGGCUCUCGUGCGGAAACGAAAUACAGGAGCCAGAAGACACGAGUAACCUAAUUACUAAAUUGAAUAUGAUCGAUCUUAGAUAACACCUGAUAAUAAUAGUAAUAAAUUCCGCGCAGAAAAUUUUUUCAAGUAA